GCUGCUGGUCAUCUGCUUUCUGCCAGAAGAUCUUAAAAGUGGGUUAUACUAGGUGUGCUGCCAACCCAAGUUGUGCCGGCAUUUCACUAAGCCUGAGCCUGAGAUGUCAGAGGCACAUAGAUUUCACUGUGUACUUUAGUUACCAAAAAACCCCCCAACAAUUUAAAAUCCCAAACACAACUCAGAUUUGCACUCUGGGCAUGUUUGGUGUCGGUUUGUCUUUGCAGAUGUGUGAAACAUCUGUAAAACUUUGAGGAGUGUCUGAUAUACGUUCUGGUCUGAGCGGGCAUCAAGCCCAAAAUGUGUUGUGUUAUUUGUUGUGUUUGUGGAUGAACACUCAGGAGUUUAAUCACCGCGUGCCUGUGCAGGAGUUGGUGUGUUUGUAUGUUUACACUGUGUGCAGACGGUGGGAUUUGUGCUGAAUGUAGGCCAGCAGAAUCCCUCUUACGUCAAAGGCAGGCAGGCGGGCAGAUGCAGGGAGAGAGCUGCUGGUGGUUGUGCAGCUGUGGCCAUGGAAGAGGCAGUAGUGCACAUCAGUCUGCCAGACCACCGUUGGCGGUGAACAGGGAGAGACGCGGAUAGGAAGAGACGGGGAGAGCCAACGAUGAAGACCAUCCUCAGCCUGCACAGGAAAUGGGCCCACGCGGUCAAGACCAUACGCAUCCUGCAGGGACUCAACCCGGUCAUGGAGGAGACAGUGUGGGAGCAGUACACCGUGACCCUGCAGAGGGAUUCAAAGAUGGGCUUUGGCAUCGCGGUGUCAGGCGGGCGGGACAACCCAAAUGAGGAAAGUGGCGAGACAUCCAUUGUGGUGUCCGAUGUCCUGCAGGGAGGACCCGCUGAUGGCUUGUUGUUUGAGAAUGACCGAGUUGUGCAGGUGAAUGCCAUCCCCAUGGACGGGGCCCUUCACGCCUUCGCUGUCCAGACCCUCAGGAAGUGCGGCAAAGUAGCAAAAAUAACAGUGAAGAGGCCCAGGAAGGUUCCGGUAAAUCUCAUGAACUGUCCCCCGUCACCCGAUGACCGAGUCUUCAACAACGACUACACUGACGACUACAACUACGAUCAGGACCGCCGCAGUGUGUACAGCGGGCGGAGUGGCGGCGGGCGGGAUCAUAGCCCAGAGAGGGAGCGAGGUGGCGGAGGCUACAUGGAUUCCGGCUAUCAAACACGUGAGCGUGACUACGACAGAGACUAUGACCGGCGGGAGCGGGGCAGGAGCAUGGAGAGAGACCUCAGCCCGGACCGGCAGUACAGGAGGGACGGCAGCAGAGGUCGCAUGUUGGACAAAGAGCGCAGCCCAGAUCGCCGCUACAGGAGCGACCACAUGCUGGACCGUGACUACAGCCCGGACAGAAGGUACCGCAGCGAGCGAGCAUUAGACCGAGACCACAGUCCCGACCGGCGCUACCGCAGCGAGCGAGCCCUCGACCGUGAGUACAGCCCUGACCGACGCUACCGCAGCGAGCGUACGCUUGACCGCCACAACAGCCCGGGACGCAGCCACGGGGGCGACCACAGCUUCGAACGGGGACGCGAACGCAUCCCUAGUGACCCGAGGAAGUAUGAUGAGCCACUGAAGCGGAGCGGAAGCAGGGACCGCCUGGAACGCUCGCCAUCACCCGCUGCCAUGCCCAUCCCUAUGCCACGCCCCAUCCGGGACUUGGACGCACUGGAGAAACCACUGAAUGUGCUGCUGCUCAAGAACCGGCCCAACGAAGAGUAUGGCCUUCGUCUGGGCAGUCAGCUCUUCAUCAAAGAGAUGACCAGCACAGGACUUGCCAGCAGAGAUGGAAACCUGCAGGAAGGGGACAUAAUACUGAAGAUUAACGGUACGGUGACAGAAAACCUGUCUCUCACCGACGCGGGGAAACUGAUCGAGAAGUCUCGUGGGAAGCUGCAGCUGGUGGUGCAGAGAGACAAACAGCAGGUGUUGAUCCGAGUCCCCCCGAUGGUUGACAGCGACUCUGAGCUCGAUGAUAUCUCCGAGAUCGAGUCUUACCGCUCCUACUCUCCGCAGGAUGACAGGCGGGGCCACCACUCCGACCUCUCCUCCCACUCCUCCAAUGAGAGACUCAGAGAGAAGCCCAGAGAGGAUCCACCUAACAGGUUGGCAAAAAUGGGCGCCAUGCCAACACCAUUCAAAGGUCCUGACAGAACCGUAGAAGACAUGCCCCCGUUGCAGUCGGAGAGGGAGGAGCCAAGAGCAGAAACACCACCAGUACCAGCAGUCACUGUGGCCCCAAAGUUUCACGCUCCUCCUAAGGUGCCUCUAAAGCCAAGCAUGGAUGACCAGGAAGUAUAUGGGCCGAACACAGUGAUGGUCCGUUUCCGGAAAGGUGAUAGUGUGGGUCUGAGGCUGGCAGGAGGAAAUGAUGUUGGUAUCUUCAUUGCUGGUGUUCAGGAGGACAGCGCAGCUGAGCAGGAGGGUCUCCGCACAGGAGAUCAGAUCAUGAAGGUGAACAACAUGGACUUCAGAGGUAUGGUGCGUGAGGAUGCGGUCCUCUACCUCCUGGAGAUUCCCAAAGGAGAAGAUGUAACCAUUCUUGCUCAGAGCAAACCUGAAGUGUACAAAGACAUUUUAGCAUCUGGCAGAGGCGACUCUUUCUUCAUCAGGACCCACUUUGAGUAUGAGAAGGAGGCUCCCCAGAGCCUUCCUUUCAUCAGAGGAGAGAUCUUCAAAGUGACAGACACUCUUUAUGAUGGAAAGCUGGGCAACUGGCUGGCAAUCCGUACUGACAAAGACAACCAAAUGCUGGAGAAAGGAAUCAUCCCUAACAAGAGCAGAGCCGAGCAAAUGUCCAAUGUCCAGAAUGCUGCUCGGGCCGCAUCAGGCAACGACAGAGGAGACUUCUGGAGGCUGAGAGGUCAAAGGGCGGCAAAGAAGAAAGAUCUCCGCAAGAGCCGAGAGGACCUGACUGCUGCUCCAGUCACCACACGAUUCCCAGCCUAUGAGAGAGUGGUCUUGCGUGAAGCUGGUUUCAAGAGACCUGUGGUGAUUUUCGGGCCCAUUUCUGACAUAGUGAAUGAGAAACUGGCCAACGACAUGCCACACGAGUUUGUCAUCGCCAAAACGGAGCCUAAGGAUGCAGGAAGUGAGAAAUCCUCCGGAGUGGUGAGACUAAACACCAUUCGACAAAUCAUUGAACAGGACCGUCAUGCUUUAUUGGACGUGACUCCCAAAGCCGUGGACACCCUGAACUACACCCAGUGGUACCCUAUUGUCAUCUUCCUGAACCCAGACAACAAGCAAGGUGUCAAGACCAUGAGGAACCGACUCAUGCCCGGAUCCACCCGCAGCACACGCAAACUGUACGAGCAGUCCGUCAAGCUGAGGAAGACCUGCUCACACCUUUUCACUUCAACCAUCGACCUGAACUCAGCCAAUGACGCAUGGUACGGCAGUGUGAAAGAUAUGAUCCGGGAACAGCAGGACAGAGCUGUGUGGGUGUGUGAGGGCAAGCUGGACGGUUCAGAGGAGGACCUGGAUCUCCAUGACGACCGCAUGUCCUACCUGUCAGCGAUGAGUGCAGACUACCUGAGCAUGGACAGCCGGCUGACCAGCGACUACGAAGAUACAGCGGAUGAAGGCGGGGCUUAUACUGACAACGAGCUGGACGAGCCAUUGGACGAACCCCAGCCUGUGUCGGCCAUCAGUCGAUCUUCAGAGCCCGUACUGCCAGAAGAGAAGGCUCACCCUGAACCCCGGGCUCGUAUGAGGAAGUCAGGCAGCAGAGAGGUGCUGAACAGAGAGCCCAGUCCUCCCCCUGCAUUUGUCCCUGAACCCCCGAAGGUGCGGGCUCAGACUCGGACUGACUCAUCACGCAGCUAUGACUCACACUCCAGCAGCACCAUCAGCAGCGAUGCAGCGGGCGGAAGCAAGCCGCCUCCCCCUCCUGUGGCCCUGAAGCCCGUCGUCCGUCUGAACCAGGCGUCAGAGGAGCAGAGCCCGAGGAAGGGGGAGGAGGAGGAUCCCGCCAACAAAUCCUUCCUGGGCAAGAUUAAAGCUUUUGAGAAGAUGGACCACCUGGCCCGAGCUCAGAGGAUGCUGGAGCUGCAGGAGGCAGAAAACGCUCGACUGGAAAUUGCCCAGAAGCAUCCAGACAUCUACGCCAUCCCAGUAAAACUGCCAAAACCCAACCUCAACCGUCCUCAGCCAAUAGGUUCAAGCUCCAAUCCGGAGCCGCAGACUCCAUCCAGGCCACCGUACUCCGAGACGAGAGGACACGAAGAUGAUGAGGCGGAGUACCGCAGACAGCUGGCUGACCAGACCAAGAGAGGAUACUACAAUCCCCAGAAAUACAAAGACACCGAGCUGUAGGUCAAACCAGGAAGUGACGACAUGACUACACACUGCUGGAGUCCUUCCAUGUAGUUGCUACAUAACAGCUGUUAACAGCUUAGGCAGCUUCACCUUGAUAUGAACUCCCAGAACUUUGUGUGUGCAGUCAGGUUCAUGGAAAGACGUUGAUGUCAACACAUUUUGUACAGCAAGUAUUCAAUCAGCCUGGAGAAACACAAUGAUAGUGUGUUUUUUUUUUUACCUUCUCACCCGUCCUGGCAGGUUUGUGUCAUGUGCUUCUUCAGACCUGAUAUUUCAGUGUAUAUAAUGUUUUAAUGUGUCUGAAGAGGUUUUUGUUAUGAGUGAGUCCCCCCCCCCCACUCCUCCCCUCAUAACUCUAAUAUGUAGUUCCUCUUAUAUCAGCAUUAUUUAGUCACAGACCUAAGCAUCUGUUUUUCUGAGAGAUAAAUGCCUUGUGAUUUUUGAAAACCCACACAGUUGUUUAAUAACUCCAGAAUCCUCAAAAACUCUUCCGUCUAGCUGGAAGUCCUUCUAUCUACCUCCUCUAUCUAUCCUGGAAGCUGGUGUUGCCGUGUCUCCUUGAUCAUUUUUUAGAAAGAAGAAAGAUGCAAUUUUGGUAUUUUGUAUGGAAAACAAAUGUAACUUACAUUUUGUUUUCACGUUGUACAAAGUGAGCAAGGAUAUACUGUAUGUCGUGUCCUGCUACCAUCUUUGUUUUUGAUCAGGAAAGUCACAACUUGGAAAAUGGGUAAAAAAGUGUUUUUUUAAUUUUGCAGCAGACAGAACAUUUGUUCAUCCAGAUAGUUAGAAGAGUCUUUGAGGAUUCUGGAAAUUCAGAACUGUGAUAAGUGUUGAACAACCUGCAUUUUUUAAAGAUUGCUGGGUAUUUAUGUUUUAGAAAAACAGAUGCUAAUACAUGAGAAGCGCACCAAGCUGCACCCAAACCACUGCAGACAGUAUCUGGACUGUUUGGUUUUACAUUCUAUUAGUGAGUGGUUUGCAGGGCCACCAACACUUUUCCCCAAUGUUAAAUAGCAUGUUUAAGACAUGUUCAUACAAGAAUAAUGUUAAAAUCAAUGUGUCAGUUUGGUUUCCAUCCAAACUCUUCCUCUUAAUCACUCUCUUGUCAAGUAUUCUGAGUUAUUGUUCACCUCUACAUUGCCAGUCGAACAUUUGUAUAUACAUAGCGCUGUGUAAAAUGCGUGCAUUCUGGGAAGCAGCACAUUUUAAAGUGCCUUGUAGCUCUUAAUGGACAAAGUCAUCAGACGCAGAGUGCAUCAAAUAGAAACACGUUCCAUAAUGUGGACCAAACAAUAGAGGGUGACUUUUUUUUUAUCAAGUCUAAUAAAAUAGUUAUAGAUUUAAUCAACUGGAAACUCUUCCAUUUUAUUUUCCUGACUGACUUCCUUAGUAGGGUAGCACAUCGCCUUCACCAAAGAAAAAUUACAAGUCACAAUAACAGAAACAACAUAAUGUAAACAAUAAAGUACCGAAGGAUCUGAUAAUAAUAAUAAUAAUAAUACAAAUUCACGAGAUCUGUCUUAAAUAAUAAGAAUAUGAGAUUCUUAUUCAUAAUUAUGACAUGAGGAUCUUUUAAACAUAAGAUUCAUAUCUGUUAAUUAUGAGACAUGAUCUUAUUAUUACAAGUUUUGUGUAUACAAGUUUAAAAAGACGAGAAAAGUCUUCUUUUUUUUUUUUUCUGGAACAGACAAACCAGGUAAAUGAUGUCACAGAGUUCACCUGUUCAAAUAUUGCAUUAAUGAAACAUUCAAAUGCAGUUUGAUGAGUUUGUUUGUCAGGUUUGAGAUGGAUGUAAGCUGUGCAGCGCAGCAUUGAGCUGACGCUCUGUAUAUUUGUCUUUAUUUGCCGCUUGCAACAAGAGACAAUAACAUUUUUAUUGCAUGUUUUUAUAUUGAAUAUACGCUCAAAUCAGUCUGACAGUCAGAUCAGUCUUUGUACACGGGCACAUGAGGAAUGUGGUGACGACAAUCAUGUUGGUUGAUCAGUUUCUUUUAAAUGUAUGUUAGUUUGUGAUUUUUUUUUAGUUUGUGGUCUUCUGAGUAUUACAGAUCAGACUCUUGGGAAAUUCUAAUUAAUAAAUUGGUUUUUUUUUA